AUUCCGUCUGGUGGGAAAUUUCUUUCUGAUAUCUACUAUAUAUUUGCCCUCCCACGACUUCAAGCUCCCCAAACCGAACCAACCAUCCCACAGUUUCAAAAACAGAUAUAAAAAAAAUGAGUUACAUCAAAAAUGACGCCCUCGAGGAGAGUCAUCAGCAAGGCGACUUUUCGCCGACGCUCGAUGAAGAUGCCGCUGAUCUUGCCAAGAUGGGCUAUAAGGCUUCCCUCGCCCGGCGAUGGGGUAUGCUCGAAUCCUUCGCUGCUUCUUUCUGUGCCAUGAACUUUAUCGCCUGUGCGAGGUCGUUUAUCUUCCUCGGUAUUGACGCCGGUGGUCCCGCUGCUGUUUGGUAAAUAUUGCCCUAUAAGUGAAUAAAACAACAAUCGCAGCCGAAAACGACAAUCGGGAGUUUCCUACCGCGCUCGCUGAGACAAGAGACAAGUGUCAAAAGAAAAGGUUUAUAUUCAUUCCAAUAGUUAUUGCUGGGUACGGGUGCUUCCACUUUCUUGCCUUUGACGGCUUUUCUUUCUCCCUUUCCUACACUCUACGUUUCUCCCGAGUCAGUGCGAAGAAAAGGGUGAUACCUUCUUUGCCAGCUCACCAUGGGAACCCCGUAGGAGUAAAAGGGAAGAAGAUCUGCUUGAGGGUUCGAGAUCUAUAGUGGGGGCUGAGAUCAUCACCGUCUGAACCUGCUCGAGACAAUGCUCGCGAAGGGAACCCCGCUUGUAGUUUUAGGUAAAGCCCGUGACCUCCUUUCUUCUCCCCCCCUCAUGUGCUCGUGUCGUGUGAUAUGAUUAGAGGGGAGAGGGGGGCGAGGAGGGAAGGUCGCGGGUGUUGUAUCCUCUUUCACUUGACGAAGGUAGGGACUGUUCUAAUAGGUGGUGCUAGGUCUUCUUGUUUGAUUGCUUGGAUCCUUAUGACUUUGACUGCUGCCGUCUUGGCUGAGAUUUGUUCUGCCCUUCCAUUAUCUGGCUCGAUCUAUAUCUGGGCAGCCGAGGCAGCUGGCCCCAAGUAUGCUCGAUUGACUGGGUACAUUGUCGCUUGGUGGGCUUGUACAGCAUGGAUGACAUUCUGCGCUUCCGUCUGUCAAACGUCGGCCAACUACCUCCUAUCCCUCCUUACCAUCUACGAGAUUCCCUUCCCCGGAGCUGACGGAUUAUCAACCUCUAACGUCAAGUUCCGUGCUGUCCAAUGGGCUCUCUCCGAGGGUAUACUCGGUCUCUGCAUUGCGUUUAACUAUUUGCCUCAAAAGUCGUAUAGCUGGGUAUUUAAAGGAAGUAUGUGCUUGAUGGCGGUGGAUUUAAUUUUGAAUUUGACAUGGUUGCCUGUGAGAGUACACAUGACAUACGGAUUUAGGAGCGCGAAGGAAGUGUUUACUUCACAAUAUAAUGGUACCGGUGCACCGGCAGGAUGGAAUUGGAUGCUUUGCUUCCUCGUCGCAGCAGCUUCCAUCACGGGCUUCGACGCUUCAGGCCAUAUCUCUGAAGAAACUCGAUCCGCUUCAACCAAAUCCGCCCGAGGCAUCCUUACCUCUGCCUUCUUCUCCGGCUUAUUCGCAUUCGUCACUUCUGUCCUCUUUCUCUUCUGUACCCCGCCUCUCGACGUUUGGCACGAAUUCACCGCACAGCAACCGUUUGUUCAAGUGUACGCUCUAGCUCUCGGUCGGGGGGGAGCGGUGUUCAUGGCUUGUUUGGCUGUGGUUGGCUUGAUGCUGAACACUUCUAUUUCGAUCGUUGCUUCCUCGAGAUUGGUGUUCGCUGUAGCUCGUGAUGGUGUUUUGCCUCUCAGCGGAUGGGUGGGCAAGGUAACAGAGGAUGGAAGGCCAAAGAAUGCAGUAACAGUCAUGACGGUAUUUGGGGCGUUGAUUUUGUGUACAAUUUUGCCAAGUACGGUGGCGUUUACGAGUUUGGUCAGUGCUGCUGGUACUCCCACUAUCGCGGCGUAUGCACUCAUCUCCUUCUGUCGACUCUUCAUCACUCCCAAUGAGUUUAAGAACAGCAAAUUUAGUUUAGGGAUGUGGGCGAAACCCUUCUACGUAAUAGCGUUUGUUUGGAAUUGUAUCGUCUUUGCUACAUACAUUUCCCCGUUCUACUUCCCCGUCGACGCCAGUGGAUUUAACUACUCCGUUGUUAUCUUUGGUGCAGUGACCAUCUUUGGUUUCUUAUCGUGGCUCUUGACUAAGCCUGAGACGUGGUUGUACCAAGGGAGGAUACAGAAAAUGAAAGAGGAAGCUGUGGUGGAAAUGAUGGGGGACGACAAGGAUGGACAGGGGAAAGUCUAGGAGUCAGUAACCGGGAGGAAACUCUCGAGGUGACCGAAGAAUACGUCUAUACUUCCGCCCUCCGCCCUCUUUCCCAGUACUUUUAGACUGACAUUUAACGAUCGACCACCGCUUAUUAGCGAUGUCCCAGAAUUCGUCCGAAGGAUGCAUAUCUUAUCGCCGGU